UCGAAUUACGGUGGGGCUGGAAGCCCUCAACUUCCUCACCCAGGUGUGUCCGAUAAAAGCUGCUGUUUACCUGUAUCACUCUGGCGUCAGAAUCCCGCCAAAGUAUGGCCAAAGAGCAGCUCCACUAACCGGUGACCUCUCACAUCUUAAUCUGGAUUUAAAUGCUCGUCCCUUCUACAACAGGACUAGGUAAAGGCAUUACACACCCCGCUAGCUGGGUUUACCAGUCGGAACCGAUGGCGUCAAACGGUGCGAUGUUAUUUGUGCGUUUGGUUUAAAGCUGAUUUAUUUCUUCCGCGGACUUUUUCCAUGCAUUAGUUUGUUUAUGACGAGCUUCUGAUGGGGAAGCUGGGUGCAUAUUUGCAGCCAGCUGCCGGAGUCUGCAGCAGCAGCACACUGGGCUCUGCAGCAUUCAGAACCAACACUGCAGCUUUCAAGCGCGUUUCUGCAGAACAACGAUUCUCCCUUCCACCUGGAUCUCAUCCAGCACCAGUAGGCAUCUGCCUGAUUCUGGGUUUGGUAUGACCACAACAACAGCAAUGCCUCGAUUCAGAUUGCAACAUCAGUUCGUAUGAAUCACUCCUAACUUUAUCUCCUGACUAGUCGUCAUCAUGGAUGAGAGCAAACUUUUCCUCAGCCUGAAUCGCCUUGACGACAGCCCUUCUGUGGCCUUUUCCAAAGACAAACCCCAAACGAGGGAGCGCUGGCCUGACUGCAGCCUGGAACUGAACCGAGGCCGGCGCUCCCAGCCUUCCUUCCUGCCCCACUCCCCCUCGUCCCCAGGCUCUUUAUCUGAUCUGUCAGCAUCAUCAGCUGACCUGAUCAUCACCACCGGGCUGGUCAAGUCCUCCUCCACAGAGCUGAAGCCCAAAGAGAGCAGCACCCUGAGAGGCAAGCCUCUCCUCAGCCUGGUCAAGUCCCUCAGCACAGAAAUUUCCCGCCGGGUCGAGCCGGAGGUCAAUCUCUCCAAGUCAGACUCCAAGCUGCAUUUACAUCCAAAGAUCCCAGAGGACAGGCCUGCAUCAGAGACACUGGACCAGAAUGAGGACUGGACAUCACCUCCAUCUACAGGCAGCACAUCCCCCACCGAACCCCGGAGCAGCUCGCUGAUCACAGAGUUAGAGGACACAAGGAGGAAGUUCUCAGAGGCCAUGCAGGAUCCACUGAGCAUGCUGAGUAAGAUCAUGGGGGACGAGAGCUCUGGAAGCCCCAAGCAGAUGAGGGGGUCUGGUUCAGGAGACUCUCCAGCCUCUCAGGGCAGCUGUGAAAGAGAGGGCACUGGUACCAGUGAUGAUCCUGAUCUCAGGUGGAGAAGGAGAAGGGACAGUGAGCACAGAGCCGCAGGUGAAACUCCACCCAAAAGGAUCCAAAAGGAAACACUGGUUACAGAACAUCGCUCCCAUCUGGAAAUCUUCUCCCGCAGUGAUGUGACUCAGAUGGUGGAGCUCCAGAACGGAUCCAGUAGGACACAGCGUAGGUCAGCUCUGCCUCUAUACUGGCUCCUGCCUGUAGGCCUUUUGGCUUAUGGGCUCUUUGUGCUGCCCCUGCCCCCGUAUGUGGCCGGUCUUUCUGUGGGGAUAGCAUGUGGCUUCCUAUUGGGUUUGGUGAUCGUGUUCGUGUUCGCACCAAGACGUGCACAUAGGGGGUCCAGAAGCAGAGCCAGAACCAUGACCGUGGAUCCGCUGGACGGAAACCUCACAGGCACAGAAAUACUCGAGGGCUGGAUGAACAAGGCUCACAGCUACGACCCGGAGACUUUCCACCCCUCCAUGACUCACUCUGUUCAUGUGAAACUGGAAGGUAGCCGGCUGCACCUGGCCUACCCUCGUGCCAACGUCCCCCGGUGGGCGUCUUUUGAUGAGGCGGCUCACGAGGCUGUGUUUUCACAAUCAUACACCUAUCAGCUGGCAAACAGUACGGUGUCUCUGAUGCCACAGGGUUUAGCUCGUAAGAGGAUGUGGAACAAGAAGUACCCCAUCUGCAUCACCCUAGCUGAAGGGGAGGUGGGUGAGGAGAGUCUGGCUGAAGGGCAAAAGGAGACAGAGAGGGCAGAGAACCCCUCAGACCUGGACCACCUGGUUCCUGUUAUGCUCUACUUGUUUGGUCGCACUGGAAGAGAAAAAGAGGAGUGGUUCCGGCACUUUGUGUCGGCCUCCAACUCUGCAGCCCAGAGCGUCGUGAGCAGUCAGGAGAGCACAGAAACACAGAGUGGUGGAGAAGCUGUUAAAGAAGGCACAGAGGAGCUCCUCGACCUGUCAGUUAAAACGUUCCUGGACUACAACGCCUACAUGGCUCUGCUGAUUGGCUCAGAAGGAUGUGACCCCACCCCCACACCCUGCAGUAACGAAGGAAGCCCCUCAACCUGCAAUAAGUUACGACACAACCCUGGAGGUGAAGCUGGAGUAGAUGCUGCUGCAGUAUUUGAGUCGGGGGGAUGCUCUGCAGAGGGUCAGCCCACCUGGGUAAACUCCCUGGUGGGAAGGAUUUUCUGGGACUUUCUUAGAGAGAGAUACUGGACAGAUCAGGUUGCUCACAGGAUCCAGAAAAAGCUGAGCAAGAUCAAGCUACCGUACUUCAUGAAUGAGCUGACUCUGGCUGAUCUGGACAUGGGCACCUGCCUUCCUCAGGUGUUAAGCACGUCGAAGCCAACACUGGACCGCAGAGGCUUGUGGCUGGAGCUAGAGUUGGUGUACACAGGCUGCCUUCAGAUGACCCUGGAGACUAAGAUGAACCUUUAUAAGCUGGGUAAAGAUGGAGAGGGUGAAGCUCAGAGCUUUCCAGAGACUCUGCCUGAGGGCUCCAAGCCCAGGCUGUGCAUAUUAGCUGACAGUGAUGAAGAGUCUUCCAGUGCAGGAUCUUCUGACGAAGAGGAAGUACUCCCAUCUGAGUCACAGGGGCCUCCGGGAGACAAAAACUCUCUUGCAGCAGCUGAUGGGCAUGCAGGUGGAAGCACAGGAAGGAAAAUCCUCAGAUUUGUGGACAAAAUUGCUAAAUCCAAGUACUUCCAGAAGGCUGCAGAAAAUGAGUACAUUAGGAAGAAGAUCACCGAGUUCUCCAACAUGCCGCUGAUGCUCAGUGUUGAAGUCCAGGAGCUUUCUGGAACUCUGGCUGUCAACAUUCCUCCUCCACCUACAGAUAGGAUCUGGUACAGUUUCCGAGUGCCACCCAGGUUAGACCUUCACGUGCGACCCAUGCUUGGAGAGAGGGAGGUCACCUUCACUCAUGUGACUGAGUGGAUCGAGAAAAAACUGCAGUGUGAGUUUCAGAAGGUUUUUGUCAUGCCCAACAUGGACGAUCUAUACCUGCCUCUGAUGACAUCAGGCAUGGACAUCCCACCUGCAUCCCAACAUUCCUCAGUUCAUUCUUCAUCCCAGCAGUCCUCUGUGGAGUCUCAGGAGUACCUGUCAGAGUAGUGGAGGCUGCAGGUGUCGUGUUGGAGA